UGUCUUGGGACGGGGUUAGGGACUGGGUUCAGCGCCAGUCUGGGGCUGGGGUCAGGGCGAGGUCAGGACCUGUUUCCCAGGAGCCAGGGCUGGGAGUCACCGCCUGUUUCGGGGGUCAGGGUCGGCUCCAGCUCCCCUUCCUUCUGCCCUUGCGUCAGGCGAUGGGUGUGGGGUCAACGCGGACCGGAGCCCAGCCGGGGCCCCUGCUCUGGUCUCUGCUGCCGCUGCUGCUCCUGAGCCCAGAGGCCGCCCCUGCCCCACCGUCCCGCGCCCCCAGCCCCUCGCACGCUCCGGGGGAGACCAGGGAGAGCUCGGGGGCGGCCGAAGAGAGCUUGGGGGCGCAGCAGGGCCGGGAGCCCGCAGUCAGAGCCCAAGGUGGCUCCAGAAACGACAUCAAGCAAGUGUGUGGGAAGCCUAAGGUGGUGGGGAAGAUCUACGGUGGCCGGGACGCAGCAGCUGGUCAGUGGCCAUGGCAGGCCAGCCUGCUGUAUCGGAGCUCGCACCUCUGUGGAGCUGUCCUCAUCGACUCCCGCUGGCUGGUGUCGACAGCCCACUGCUUUCUCAACAAAUCCCAGGCCCCGGAGAACUAUCAGGUUCUGUUGGGAAACACCCAACUGUAUCAUCAAACCCAGCACACCCAGAAGAUGUCUGUGCACCAGAUCAUCACCCAUCCAGACUUUGAGAAGCUCCACCCCUUUGGGAGUGACAUUGCCAUGUUGCAGCUGCACCUGCCUGUGAACUUCACUUCCUACGUUGUCCCCGCCUGCCUCCCAUCCCAGGACAUGCAGCUGCCCAGUAACGUGUCCUGUUGGAUAACCGGCUGGGGAAUGCUCACCGAAGACCUGCAACUGUCACCACCCUUCUCUCUCCAGGAGGGCAAGGUGGGCCUCAUUGAGAACACACUCUGUAAUACCUUAUAUGGGCAAAGAACUGGCCAAGGCGAGACCUACGCUGUGCAUGAGGAGAUGCUGUGUGUGGGGGACUUCUCGACAGGAAAGUCCAUCUGCAAAGGUGAUUCCGGGGGGCCUCUAGUCUGCUACCUCCCCAGUGCCUGGGUCCUGGUUGGGCUGGCCAGCUGGGGCCUGGACUGCUGGCAUCCUGCCUACCCCAGCAUCUUCACCAGGGUCACCUACUUCACCAACUGGAUCGACGAAGUCAUGAGGCUCACCCCUCUUCCUGACCCCGCGUUGGCUCCUCACACCCGCUCUCCACCCAAGCCUCUGAGGGCUGCUGGCCUGCCUGGGCCCUGCGCAGCCCUUGUGCUGCCACACACCUGGCUCCUGCUGCCACUUACUCUCAAGGCCCCAUGGCAGACCCUGUGAUGACCACAGAGCCCCUUGACCCCUUCUCUCUGCUCAGGCCUGGGUGUCCAUGCUGGACCCUCCCUCUCCCCAGCCCACUGUCCCUCUAAAUGGUUCCUAAUCCUGGCUUUUCUGUCUGUCAACUGCCAUUCCCCAAAUCAAGCUUGGCAACACAAAACCAAACCCAAUAAAAGUCAUCUGCUCCUCCUCCACCCCGCACCGCCA